CUCCAUCCCGCACUGUUGAAUAGGUUUCUUAACAAUAAAUCCUAAUCAUACUCCUUGUACAUUUGCCAUUAUCGAUUUCGAGAACAUUCAUCAACUCGUACGCUACAGCGUGGUCCCUCCUACAGAGACCUGACCCGGGAAGAUCGGUCAAUAUGAGCGGAGAGUUGCAAUCAUGGGCAUUGCCUCGCCUUCAACGCCUGCUUCCAAUCGAUGACGAAUCGCUUCGAGAAGUUAUAACCUACACCAACUCACUUUCCAAGGAAACAGGUGCCGAACACCUGAAGAACUUACUCGGCGAUUCACCGCAGGCAUUCGAGUUCAUCUCAUCUUUCAAUGCACGAAGACCUCAAGUGUCUUCGGACAGCAGGAAUGCGUCACAGACCCGCCCGGCGUCGACGGCGGAUGAGACUGGCGUUCCAAGUCCGAAGAAGAGAGCUGCGCGGAAAACAAAGCCACCACUUCAUGCCGUUGGCCCUGCUCGCGUACCAGAAGGAUAUGGCAACGUCUCUGGAGGAUAUACCAAGCAGUACAACACAGACGACAAUUACUCAUCAAGCAGGGGAUCUCUUUUCCACGAUGAGGAUGUACCUUCGCGGACUCGUACGCCUGAUGCCCUCCAGGCGCCCUUCAGUACUACUCGGGCUGCCCCUCAGUCCAAUGUGACUUCGCGGGAUGCUUCACCAGCUCCCAAAUCCAAUAAAUUGCCACCUUCAGCAUCGGGAAAUUUGAUAUCAGAUUUUGGAUUCGCAAAUGUCCGGUCCAAACAGUCAAAAAAGCCAGCACACCCGUCACAUUCGCUGCCACAGUCUGGAAGCUCGACACCACAGAAAGGCGGCCCUUCCGCUACCACCACUUCAAAUGUGGCAGAUUUGACGGCAUCAAUUGCAGCUCUAGAGCUAUCUACCAAUCCCACCUUAUCGAAAGAGAGAAGAAAAUGUACCUGCAAUGCCUCCAUCCAUCCCUUGUUCGAGACCGCUCCAAACUGCCUGAACUGUGGCAAGAUCAUAUGCGCCUUGGAAGGCCUUCAACCAUGCUCAUUCUGUGAUGCACCUAUUUUGUCAAAGGAGCAAGUCGAUAGCAUGAUUAAGGCACUGAAAGAAGAGCGGGGUAUUGAAAAGAUGGCUGCUCACAAUGCUUCCCAGACACACUCCGGUCGGGGUACACCGGCGUUUGGAGGAUCAACUCCCGAGGCACUUUCAGGAGACGAGUCCUCAUUAGCGGCAGCACGAGCGAGAGCACAUCGAGAUAAACUUCUGGCAUUCCAAAGAGAAAACGCCCAGCGGACUCGAGUCUAUGAUGAGGCUAGUGACUACGACAUGACUUUGACGCCAGGGUCUACGCAGUGGAUGAGUCCGGUUCAGCGUGCUGCAGCGCUGAAGAGGCAACAGCAAUACAUUCGCGAGAUGGAAGAGGCAAACAGACCGGAAUGGGAAAAGAAAAAGACGGUGAUGAGCAUGAGCAUCAAGAAUGGGAAACUUGUCAGAACAUAUGAGCGCCAGAAAGUGUCGGCGGCUACAGAGAAGAUUGAUGAGCCAGUCAUCGAUGCUGAUAUCGAGCAUGACCUCGCUGAUCAACAUUUGAGUGUUGGAGGUCAAGGUGCUUUCAGCAACAAUCCUCUUCUAGCAAGUGGCAAACUCGUCCGGCCAGUGUGGAGAGCACCUGAAGGUGUGGACAAGGGCAAGCAGCGGGAGCCAGAUAGAAAGAGUGUAUGGCGAAGAGUGCAAGAUGAUAGUGAAGAUAAUGAGCGCUGGAUCUUGGAUGGUGGCCUACAUGGAUAUGGCAAAGAGACCAGGCUGAUGGAAGAUGGAAGUCAGCAAGAGUGUGGCUAGGAGACGCACCUCCUCGUCUCCGGUCUUGCAUGGUGUUUAUGAGAUCUCUCCCUUAUUACUCCGUCCCAACUCCGUACCAGGUAGGAAUGAGACGACAAUGCUUCGACC